AAUUAAAGUGUUAGCAUGCGCGUGUAGUCGAACAAACAUACCAAACAAACAAAAGACAGAAAGGAAGGAAAGCCCAAGCUGAAAAGCCUACUCAUUGGGGUUCCAGUUACCAAAGAAAUUUGGCCCAGAAUGUACGGACACAACUUCGGCCUGAGAUUUUUUCAUUCAACGAGGCAGAAGGCAAGAGUGCGAGUGUUACUCAGUUGCUGCUGCAGUUUCUUCAAUGGCUUCUCUUUUUAACAAAUUUCAAGAGUUUGUGAAAACUCUAGCCAAAAGUCCCACAUUUGCUAGAAAUCCAAGGGAAUUUCAAUUUGAAACAGACAUGAAUCGUCUCUUUCUUUUUACCAGCUACAAUCGUUUGGGGAAAAAUGCUGAGGAGGCAGAUGCGGAGGAGAUCAUUGAAAUGGCCAGUAAAGCUUCUGUUGCUGAUCAGCAGAAACAGGUUCAAGAAAAUAUCCACUUUCAAAUUACAAACUUCUGCUCAGCUAUGAAUGAAAUUCUUCUUCCUGAUUUGGAAAAAAGAAGCAAGAAGGAUGAAGCUCCUGCACAAUCAAAUGCUGCUCCUCGGCGUAGUGGCCUUAGUUUUGCUGUUGGCAAGAGUGGUCCACCUACUGACCGUCCUGGUGAGUUUAUAACAGCUAUACCUGAGACGAAGCAGUUAAAUCGUAGCGAAGUAUCACAGAGUUUAAGGGAUGAAAUUGGUUACACACUUGAUCUCAAGCCAUCUCUGAUACCCCACAAGGAAGCUGGAGAAGGUUUGUUUUUAAGUGGUGAGGCUGAUGUGGGCACUGUGAUUGCCAUAUACCCUGGUGUCAUAUACAGCCCUGCUUAUUACCGGUAUAUCCCAGGGUACCCAAGAGUUGAUGCCCAGAACCCAUAUUUGAUCACUAGAUAUGAUGGGACUGUGAUCAAUGCCCUGCCUUGGGGUUCUGGGGGUGAAAGUCGCGAAGUGUGGGAUGGCUUAACUGUGCCAGAAAUCAGGUCUAAUGUGCAAAGUGUUGAGAAAGGUCAAGACCGGGUCUGGAGAAUGCUGAGUAAACCUUUGGAAGGUACACGAGUUGGUUCUGUUGGUGAUGUCUUGGAGCGGAGAAACCCAUUAGCAUUGGCUCAUUUUGCUAACCACCCAGCGAAGGGUAUGGAUCCAAAUGUUAUGAUUUGCCCCUAUGACUUCCCACUGACAGAGAAGGAUAUGAGGACCUUUAUACCAAACGUAUCUUUUGGAAAUCAUGAAGAAGUGAAUAUGAGAAGAUUUGGCAGUUUUUGGUUCAAAUCUAGUGCCAAAAAUAGCGUAUCUGAUGUUCCUGUUCUCAAGACUCUGGUUUUAGUUGCCACUAGGGCGCUUUGUAAUGAAGAGGUGCUCCUGAACUACAGGUUGAGCAACACAAAACGUCGACCAGCAUGGUAUGCUCCGGUGGAUGAAGAGGAAGACCGGAGGAGAUGGAGCUAAUGAGUCGUUAUUGAAAGUGGGUUGCAACCUGGACUUUGUAGUUCUUCAAGGAUGCUUAUGUCAGUGUAGGAAUUGUCCCUACAGUUGGUGUACUUGCUUGCGAGAAUUGUUAAAAACAUCUGAAAACCUUUAUUGUUGAAUCUUGAUAUGUUUGGAUUAUAGAAUAGGAUUAAAGUGCUCAAUAGCUUCGUGAUUAAGCCAGGCAUAUCACAUUUUUUUCCGGAGUGACAAGUUUUGAGUUUAUGCUUUGCUUUGUCUUUGAAUUCUCGAGUUUUGUUAUAACCAAAAUAGAUUCCAUAGCGAAUCUUUUCAAGGUAGUAUUCUGCUCCAGAAACUUGGUACUCUACAGAUUGAUGAUUUGUGUCAUCGUUUCA